GCUCGUUGCCGAAUCUGGUCGUUCUUAACUUGCGAACUCACAUUCUCGACCGAACAUCAACAUCAACAAACCAUGCCGUGAGCCUCGCACAACACGCGCAAACGAAAGUGCGCCCUUCCGCGACCAUGUCGACGCCAAACACCACUGCGCCCGUGACGCAGCCGUCGUCCGCAUCUAAGAAAGCGACCGGCCACAUCAGCACACCCCACAACACCGCGUCGCCCGCACCUCGAAGCGUGCCUUCGCCCGCCGCAACGCGAAAAGACCACGCGGCUAAGACCCCCGUGAACCAUCCUACGGUUGGCAGUAGCCAUGGCAGUAAGACGCUGGCCGCCACGCCCAUGGUUGGAUCGUUGAGCCAAACGGGAUCGGGCUCCUCGCCUGGUCAGCAUUUUGGCACGCCCGGCACACUCCACGGACUCGGCGUGGAUUUGGGUACCGGCACGCCGAAUUUGAAUGUUCCAACGCCUAUGUUGGCUGCUGCUGGUAUGGUGCCGAGCAUGAGUGAGAUUAUGGGCGUGGGCGCUGGUCGCAAGCGGAAUGAGGAGGAAGAGAGGAGGGCCAAGAUGAAGAAGAUUCUACAGAAGAUUGGUGGACCGAAAGGCCGCGUGUGUAAAUCUGGGAUAGAGAGGGUUGCGCGAAGAUGUGGUCUUACCGCAGUUGGGGACGAGACCGAAAUAUCUUUGGCAGGAGUUGGUGAGAAAAUGAUGCUGGUGGUGAACCUGCAAGGUGAUGUGGUGGAGGGGGUGGUCCCGCAGAUAUUUGUCUGCGAGGCUGAGAAGAAGGAAGAGGAGCAGUAUAUGGGCAUCGCAGCGAGCAAAGUGCUGCUGCAGAACUUAAAAGUCCCGAGUGGGAUCGCUCUACAAUCGAGCCUUGAUCAGUUCGCGACCAAUCUGAACCGGCUAGCAAAGAUGGAUAGGAUGUCCAAGGGGCAGGUCGACUGCUUCGAGGCGAUCAAUGGAGUGUACAGCAGCUUGAAGAAGCUUUACGACCUGGAGAAAGAUGCGGUCAAGGCGUUGAAGCAACUAAAGAGCGAGGAUGCCGAUGAGAAAGCUGCACGCGAAGUGCUGUGCAAGAAAAGCGGCAAGCCUUUCAUGCAUGACAAUGGCAAGAUUGGGCUUUCCCUGGCUUACUGGAAACCAUCGCCGUGUCGAAGGAAGUCGACUACGACAAUGGGCGGAGCCUCCCAAGACGAGCCAGAGGAUGACUUCGAAUCAGACAUCUGGAGCCUGCGUAUCGAAGCCCAGCCAUAUGCUGCCGGCAUGUAUCCAUCGUUACGAGUAUCAGACGCAUGGUUGCCGGAAACAUUCGAUGCCGCUCGGCAGGACCAACCUAUACCAUGGCAAGACCCUCCCAACACAUUCAUCAGCACAAGCUCAACAGACACGGGCGAUGCAAUGGCCAUCGAUGGCGAACGUCUCCCAGACCUCCGCUUCGUCGCCAAGCUAGAUCCUCCAGUCGUGCUACCAUUACAGAUCGCAGCGACAAUUCUAGCGACGCUGGGCGACCAGUACUCCCACUCUACCAGUUUCCCCAUCUACCAUCUCAACGUUCUCGGCAUCAAAUCACAAGACUUGAGUAUCAAGGUUGUUUCUGAACAGAACGUACUGGUUCCAGGCCCAGAGGGCGAAGACACGAACGCUUCACACGAGUACGUUCUCGACAUCCCUAAGGGGGAUCUUGCAUAUGUACUCGAAGAAGUUCCAUUCUCGCAUCCAAGGCAGCUAGUCGAGCUGUUACCUACACUACGACAAUGGGCGAGCACUGGCAACCUUUUGCGAACCGCAUUGGCCAAUUCGCAGCCUGGAGAAGCUCAAGCAGCUACUGCCAACGGCGUAAACGGCUCUCACGCGGGAAAUGGUACUCAAAGCAACGGUACUCACGAGAGGAAGCUUAACGAACUUCUCGGCAACGUAGACCUCGAAGGAGCCUCCAAAACUCGCGUGGACAUGAGCUUCUCCAGUGGCUCUCAACUCCCCAUCUCGACUCCCAACUUCUCACUCGCAAUCUCCGAUCCCACUGGCGACGACCUGAGCCAUGUCGUCUUCCAUAUUAUGCCAGAUGCCGAUGUUGUAGUCGAGCAUUUCGAUGGCAUUGAUGUUCAAGUCGCAGAACCCGUCAAAGAUUCUUCCGAGGGCCAGCAGCCCGAGCAAAAUCAGACGGAGAUGUUGAAAAAGAAGAAAUUGGCAAAAGCGUUGGAGAUCAGCAACGACUUGGGUAUCUGGAUCGAGUGGAUGCGCAAACAGGGUCAUCCUUAG